CCAGGACUGUCGCUAGUGAUGUUGGGUGCGGUUGGUUCAUGCUGAGCAGCCGGCGAGAAGAUUGAGACCAAACAGGGUGCAUCUUCCAUUCUUCUUCAAAUCCGAAUUACUAUAAACCAGCUUGUAAUUCAGAGAGAACUGAUCUGAUCACAUACAAGGGAUCGAAAUGUUAGACACAACCACCAGCCAGUUUGACUCCUUCCUGUUUUGGAGGCAGCCCAUCCCAUCACUGGACCUGUCGGAGCUGGAAGACCUUGGCAUUUCUAUACCCAAGUCCAAGGAAGCAAAGUCGACCAAGAGCUCCCAAAAAGCCUUGGGACAGGAGGAGGAAGAGGAUGUGGAGCUGAUGAAGUACUCCACCUUCAACUACUGGAAAGAGCCCAUCGCUAGUAUCGAUGCCUUGGAUUUCAGCCUGCUGUUAUAAGACACUGCAAUGCAAUUCUCAGUUCCUGCCCAAAUCUGUGUUUAAUGCCACUGUGGUUGCACUGAUUCUCUACUCCAUUCUGAUAUUGAUGAAUACAAGAGUCAUGUAUCAUGCCUUUCUUGUUAAACCAUGUCAGUAAACUAUGAUAACUGGGUUCUUGUUUGAUUAAACUAGCAGGGCAUUACUGAAUAUGGAUGUAUUAGUUACACUAUUUAGUAUCUCACUGCCCUGUAGACUCUGUGACUGAUCAAUUGGCCAUGAAAUAAGAUUAGGAUAUCUAGAAUGAUCAUAAUCUGCCAAAUUCACUUCAAGGCAAGGAGAUUUAGAACAAAUAAGAAAUCUAAAACUGUAUAAUAUUAUUGUAUGCCAAAUGAUUUGUAAUAUUAAUGCAAACAGUAAUUUAUUAGUUUAAACUGGAAUCUCACUGAAAGGGGUUUUUGUAUUGAACGGAUGUCCAUGUUAAAAUGCACAACUAAUGCUUUUCACUGUUUUUCCCCAUUAUGUUUGAUGACAAAUGUCAGAUGCCAAUUAAAGUGAGCUUGCUGCUAAAUGAAUAAAAAUGCUUAUGUA